UGGACCUUGUGACCUAGUGCAGGGGGAGGGACACCAUGAUCUCCACGGCACUCCGUUGGCUGUUUCUGGUGUCCUUCAUCGUGGUGACCAUCGGCGGGAACGUGCUGGUGUGUUUGGCCGUGGUGCUCAGCCGCCGUCUGCGCCGCAUUGCUAACUGCUUUGUUGUGUCGCUAGCUGUGACGGAUCUGUUGUUGGGCCUGCUGGUGCUGCCCUUCUCUGCCACCCUGGAGCUGCGGAGUGGACACUGGCCCCUGGGGGGCACCCUAUGUAACAUCUAUGUGUCUCUGGAUGUGAUGUUUUGUACGGCCUCCAUUCUGACUCUGCUGGCCAUCAGUGUGGACCGUUACCUGGCCAUCUCAGCCCCACUCUGCUACCCCCGCAGGGUCACCCCUCCCCGAGUAGCCCUGGCCAUCACCACCAUCUGGGUCACUUCCCUGGCCAUGUCCUUCCUCCCCAUCCACCUGGGCUGGAACACGGCUGACUUCAGGGUGCAGAACCUGGACUGGGGCAUUUGGGACGAGGUGGAGGAGGGACGCACCUGCCGCUUUGAGUGGCAUAAUAACUACGUGCUCCUAGAUGCCUUUGGCACCUUCUACCUCCCACUACUGGUCAUGUGCGGGAUGUACCACUGCAUCUUUCAGAUAGCACGCAAACAGGUACGGCGUAUCCGAGCUGCCACACCCUCAUUCGCCCCCACAGCAUCAGCGGCGGCCACAGCGCGGGAGCACAAGGCCACAGUGACUCUAGCAGCAGUCCUGGGGGCCUUCAUUAUCUGCUGGUUCCCCUAUUACACCUUCUUUACCUGCAUGGGCAUCGGGGCAGAGACUAACCCCCCUACUACUGCCCACUCUGUGGUGCUGUGGCUGGGCUACUUUAACUCCGUUGUCAACCCCAUCCUGUACCCGGCCUUGAAUAGGGACUUCCGCAGAGCCUAUGGGGAGCUGCUGUGCUGCAGGGGGCCGCGGUGGAGACACAUAUCCACAACUAUCUGCGUGUCCUUGCAGAAACAAGUGCCCCUCUCUAGCGAACACAGAGACACUGAUCUGACCAAUGGCCACACUGACACCCUCACUAAAGACAAUUAGCCAGAGGGAAAGAGCCUCACCUCUCAGAAGAGCAAUGGCAGCAACAUUGCUGACCAGACCUGGUAAAAUACACAAUGGAUAGGGACUAGGUAACACAUACAGGGCACUUUAUAAAGGUGAAUGAGGGACCGUUGUGCAGGAGCUAGUACAGUAUGAUAUAAAAUGGCUGAUACGUUAUCUACCACCUGCUUCUAAAACAAAGGAGAACAAACCCAUACCGAGAAGAUAAAGAGAACAUAGCCGAGUCAAUAUUAACUGUCUAAAUAGCUGUGUCCGUGCUGAUCAUUUCUCAGCUAACUGAGGGAGACAUAGGCAGUUAAAUGUUUUGGUGAUCCUCUCUGUUGCAGACCCACUUGUGGUGAAUUAGUGACUAACCUGGAUGGAUUUACUUGAGUGUAUAUGUGUGUUCAUCCCUAAAAGGUACAGAAUGUCCAGUCAGAGCUACAGUAUGUUGGAUGGCUUCCAGGAGGUUGGCGGAGGGGAUACAAGGACAUCUGGAUGUGUCAUCCAGGCAUCCUGGCCCCAUAUGGGAUACCUGUCCACCUUUAAAUAAUGUACCCCUGCAUCAACAGCCAGUUGAUGUAGUUCCACUGGGCAUAGGUUCCCUCACGUCAGUGGUUUCUAAACCUUUUGGUGUCGUGACAUCUUCCUAUGGUCCUCAGAUUAACAUAACUGUUUCCUGCCACAGCCGACAGCCCAAUCUGUGACGCAGUAGAAAUAACUGACCUACUGUUUGACAAUUAUUAGCUCACAUCAACCCAACAACCCCCACAUUCACAUGUGCUGCCAAGAUACACUCACCUGUGCUGCUAUUAUAUGGCAUGUGACAUUCACACCAUGAGACAUUACUGUUGACUGUUUAUCAGAAUGUAGUGUAAUUUGCCCACUGGAUUUGUAGACUUUGUUUCUGUCUGACCAUGUGACCUCAUAUUGUACAUACAAUAGUUCAUAAUAUAAGUGAAUGACAUUUAUCAAAAAGUCCCCGCACAAUCAAAUACUCUCAUUCACACUCAGACAAUUGCAAACUAUGUACUUUGUCUGCAAUGACUUCUAUAAAUGACAUGUCCCUGCCCUCUAGUGACUAAAUGUGUCAUCACACUCACCCUCACAAGAAGAGGUGACAAAAUCAAU